UAUUUUAUUACCCAAAAAAAAAAAAAAAACAAAUACGAAACGAAGCCGAAAAAACAAAAAAAUUGUCUACGGAGCUGAGAGAGCGACAGUAAGACAGUAGAACUCCGACGACUUUCUUCUGUUCGAUGCUUGAAUCCAUUAGAGAAGCUUUGAAAUUCAGUGAAGAUGUGCAAGUGAAAAGAUUGUGGCUUUCUGUAGAUUUAAAUUUGAGAUAAAUUGAUCAUGGGUGUAGAAGAUACAACAAAAAUUACCAUUGAGAAUACAAAAAAUGAAGCCAAAGGAGAAGAUUUAAAAUUAAACACAGUUGAGACUGUGGAAAAUGGAAACAAUAAAGAAGAUAAAAUGAAAAAUACUGUCGAGACCGUGGAAAAUGGAACCACUGAAGAUGAUAAAAUGACAAAUACCAUUGAGGCUGUGACAAAUGGGACCAGUGAACUGGAAAAAACCAACAAGGCUGUGGCUAAGGGGGAGGAAAAUGGAGUGAAGGAACCAGCAAUUGAGCAGGGUGCUGAUGUCGAGGCAGAGGUCACGAAAAUGGAAGAAGAACCUGAGAUCAAGGAAGAUGAGGGAAUCAAUGAAGAAAACGUGAAGGAUGAAAAGGAGGAAGCUAAAAUUCAGGCAAUGGAGGAAGAUGUGAAUCCAAAUGAUAAGAAUGAUGAAGAAAAUGUGUAUAUCAAAGACGAAGGCAAUAUGGAUCUCAAAGAUGAAGAGAAUGAGAAUGCCAAAGAUGGAGAAAUCAAGGAUGCCAAAGAUGAAGAAAUUGAAACUAAAGGUGAAACUGAGGAUGCCAAAGAUGAGGUAGAGAAGGUUGACAGCCAUAUGGAAGAGGAUGACAAGGAAUUGAAGGAUAAAGAUCCCAACGAAGAGAAAACAAAGAAAGGAAGAAAGAGAAAGGGUGCGGUUAAAUCAAAAGGAAACAACAAAGUGGAUGAAAAGGAGGAGGCAGAGAUAAGGACUCCCAUUAUUGAUCGCCCUGUACGUGAGCGCAAAUCAGUUGAAAGGUUGGUGGCAUCUAUAGAAAGAUAUGCUGUGAAGGAAUUCCACAUUGAAAAGGGCCGUGGUACUCCACUUAAAGAUAUACCCAAUGUGGCAUUCAAAUUAUCAAGGAAGAAGACUGAUGACAUCUUCAGGCUGCUUCAUACAAUUUUAUUUGGAAGGAGAGGAAAGGCAUUUCAGAUUAAGAGCAACAUAUCAAGGUUUUCAGGUUUUGUGUGGCAUGGAGAUGAGGAAAAACAAAAGAAUAAAGUCAAAGAAAAAUUUGACAAGUGUAAUAAAGAGAAAUUAUUGGAAUUGUGUGAUGUGCUAGAUAUUCCUGUUGUGAAGGCCACCACAAGGAAGGAAGAUAUUAUUGGCAAGCUCAUAGAAUUUUUAAUAGCUCCUCACGCUACAACUACUGUUCUCCUUGCAGAAAAAGAAAAGUUGAGCAAGGGUAAAAAGCGUAAACGGGCAGUAAAAGGAGGAAUAUCAACUCCUGGAGACAGUAGUUCAAGAAAUUCAGCAAAGAGUCGUAGAAAAAGGGGGAAGAGUGCAAGGUCUGAGAUGACAAAAAAUUUAAGUGAUGAAGAUGACGAGUCAGAAGAAGAGAAGGAAGCAGAAGAAGAAAAUGACAAGGAGAACGAGAAUGGAACCACAGAAAAAUCUGAUGAUGAACUGUCCGAGCAGCCAGAAAGUGAAGAUAUCAAUGACCCAACUGAUGAAUCUGAGGAAGAAAGACCCAGAGCAAGUUCAAAAAGUUCAUCAAAAAAGAGGGGAUCUGUAGGAAAAGCAAGAAGCAAGAAAGUUACAGGUUCCAAUAAAUCUGAUUCAGCAAAAUCUACAACAAAGAAGUCAUCAGCAAGUCGUGCUAAGGUUGAUGGCAGUGAUGCUAGUCCAAAGGUAUUCUCUAGGAAGAAGAAUAGCGAGAAAGAGAGCAAGGCCUUGACUCCACCAAAAUCUGCUGCCAAGGAGAAGCCUGGGAAGAAAAUUGUAAAAGGGAAGGAGAAGACCAAGGAGGAGAAAACAAGGCCAAGUGACGAUGAGCUCAGGGAAGCAAUAUGUGAAAUUCUUAAAGUUGUUGACUUUACUACGGCCACCUUCACUGACAUUCUGAAGCAGCUUGCUCGGCAAUUCAAGAUGGAUCUCACGACACAAAAGUCGUCGAUAAAACUUAUGAUCCAAGAGGAGCUCACGAAACUAGCAGACGAAGCAGAAGAGGAAGAUGGCGGUGAAGGUAGAGGCGAAGGCGAAGGUGAUGCCGAGAAGGAUGGUAAACAGGCAGCAGGAGGAGGAGGUCAAAAGGUGGAAACUUGAGUGAAGAGUUGGCCCUGGGAUUUGUCUAACAUAUAUGAAAGCCCUCAAAAUCAGUCUGUUGUAAAGGUGGUGGAUGUAAUUUAUUUGUUGGUAUCAUCAUGUUUUUACUACUAAUGAAAGGUUAGUGUUUUUAUUAGAAAAACAAGGGUAGUUGUUACUUAUAGGUGUUGCAAAUAUUGCAGCUUCUUUUUAUACUGACAUAUAAAAUCUGUUGGGAAUAAUAAUUCCAUGAAUAUAUAUAAUACUGACCAUUAAGGAAGGGCUUGCUUAGCCUUGAGGUUUUUAGGGCUUGUA